AUGGGCUCCGUCGUCAUCCCCCAUCUCAGCUCCGGCUGGCACGUCGACCAGGCCAUUCUCAGCGAGGACGAGCGGCUCGUCGUCAUCCGCUUCGGCCGCGACUGGGACUCGGACUGCAUGCGGCAAGACGAGGUUCUCUACAAAAUCGCCGAAAAGGUCAAGAGCUUUGCCGUCGUCUACGUCUGCGACAUUGACCAAGUACCCGAUUUCAACCAAAUGUACGGUACGUUUUGUUGUGUCUCCCCCUUUCCUACUCCUCGCUGCCCGCCUCCUAACUCGAUCAAAUCAGAACUCUACGACCCUUGCACAAUCAUGUUCUUCUUUCGCAACAAGCACAUGAUGGUCGACUUUGGUACCGGCAAUAACAACAAGCUCAACUGGGUCCUCGAGGAUAAGCAGGAACUCAUCGACAUCAUCGAGACGGUGUACCGCGGCGCGAAAAAAGGACGCGGCUUGGUCGUCAGCCCCAAGGACUACUCGACGCGCCACCGGUACUGA